AUUGAAAUGUAAACAGUAACAUGUAGUUUUAUUUUUACAAACUAUUUCUGCCCAGAUCUACACCAAUAUUAAUGUGAGAGGAAGUCAAGAUCUGCGGACACACAUAUACCACUGACACGCCCCAUCAGCUGACGGCCGAGAAGAUUUGAGAUGUGAGCCCUUAUUCUACAGCUUCAUUGCCAUGGUCGCUCCAAUCAUUGCAUGCCGUUUGCUGUCCAUCAACAAAUGGCCACGCCCAGGAAAUUCAUUACUCUGCAUUCGCUGCUAACAUGUUUGGUCGUGCUUCACUUCCGCCUAACGCCAGCCAUGAUCGAACCAGCUGUACACAAACCCCAGACUAGAACUAAAGUUGGGAAGAGUUGUCCACCUGGUUACUAUGGAGACGCGUGCGAGCACACCUGUCCGCCAGGGUGUGACGGCACCUGUGACGAGAUAGGACGGUGCAAGUCCUGCUCUAGACCCGGCGUCCAGCUGCCGGAGUGUCACCGGAAAUGCCCAGUCGGAGAAUACGGUCGGAACUGUGCUGAGACUUGCAGUGAGAUGUGUUGGAAUAAGGAGUGUGACGUCAUAUCCGGGGAGUGUCUGAGGUGUAGUAAACCCGGGUUCAGCUUACCCUCCUGCUCGCGGGGGUGUCUGCCUGGAACUUUUGGACCAGACUGCAAGAGUCUGUGUCCCCUGGUGUGUAGGGAGAUGUGUGACCCAGUUAACGGCACAUGCAAAGGGUGCUCACACGGCACGGGCCCGCUGUGCUCGAUCAACUGCGCCAGUCAAGCGGACAGGGAGGCGUGCAGGCUGUACUGCCCCGGCAGGUGCUUGACCUGGUGCAGCACCAGCACCGGCCGCUGCAGCGUCUGCGUGCCGGGGUACCAGCCGCCCUUCUGCAACAGAACCUGUGACCGCGGUUACUAUGGCAACGCGUGCAGCCAGCCGUGCUCCGAGCUGUGCCAGAACAAGACGUGCGAGCCGGUGAGCGGCGUGUGCUACGGGUGCAGGGACGGGUACGUGGGCAGGAAGUGCAACGGUCGCUGCAUCCAGGGGUACCACGGGCAGGAGUGUGACCUGCCGUGCUCGGAGAUGUGUUUGGACAAGAGCUGUGACUUCAUCACGGGGGCGUGCCACUCCUGUAGGCCCGGCUACACGGGGAUGUACUGUGACCAGCUGUGUCAGGCAGGCAUGUACGGACACAACUGCUCCAUGGAUUGUCCGGACUCGUGUCUGAACACAUGCGACCCCGUGUCUGGUCAGUGUCCGAACUGUGCGCCAGGAUUUUUUGGCACUGUGUGCAACGAAACAUGCCAGGAUGGAUUCUUCGGUUCGAACUGUUCCGAGAUGUGCUCAGUGAACUGCGUCAACUUCCUGUGUGAUGCCGUCAGCGGAAUCUGCCUGGAUUGUAAACUUGGCUACAGAGGUCCUUUCUGUGAGCAGUUGGUCUCAAACUUCAAACGGUACUCACAGCUUGAGCUUGCAGGUUUUAUACUGCUAGGCUGUGUGUCUAUAAUCAUCUUACUCGGUGUCACCAUGUAUUACUUUAAGCGCAAGGACCAGCCUAAGCUAAGCAAACGUAGCAUCGAGUCCUCGAGUGAUGAUGCUCUCAGCGAGGAGGGAGACGACUCCAUCCCGAAGCUUCUCAUGCAGUUAAAAAACCAACAGAAAAACUCGGCCCUCAAAUCUAAAAGCGAUUGUAACAUAUUUAUGAACAAAUCUUCCAGAAAACCUGGCAGCUCGCCGUCUUCAGAAAACCUGGCAAAGACCACGUCAAGGUUGAGUUCUCAGUCCCGAGAGGGGAACAGCAAACUGGCCAGGUACAUCCUGAAGCAUGGGCGCACCUACACGCCCGCCGACGCCCCGUUCUCUAGAGACGAACGUCAAGAGCUGAAGACCCCGCUGUCGCCCCAGUUUAAAGCUCGGCACGUCACACAAAAACAGUCACCGCUGUUAACGACUAAAAAAUUUUCCGAUCCCAUUCUCUUUUCAACCAACCGGCUUGUAUCUAAUUCACAAAGUAAACAGCGAUUCACCGACACUCGGGUACUACCCCACCCCCUACCUAAACCAGCCUCACCCACUGAAAGCACCCUACCCCACCAGCACCAUCGCCGCUCCCUCUCCAACUACGAAACUCUGUCAACAACUUAUGGGGGUAAAUUUCUCCCCAACGACCAAGGCGCAUGCUCCGACACUGAAAUGUCCCUGUACAACAGCAGACGGAAGGUCUCAAACAGCCCGCUGUACAAUUCUUACGUCAUUGACAGGGUUUCACAGAUAGCGCUGCACAGCAACCCGACAGCCAGCGAGGACAAGAAGGUCAUCUUGUCCGAGCGCAUGUCCUGCUCGCAGUCCAAGGCCACGAUAUGCACCACCAUGUCCAUGAUGGCUCACCCGUCGGACCCUAAAAACAUGAUGCCCGACCAGAUGCAGAUGGUCUUGACACAAUCCAUCAGGUCCAACAUUACUAAAGAGGCACGAAGUACAGAUUCUCUUUACGGCGUCUCGUCUAAGGAAGUUUUUCUAGAAAAUUCCGCGUCUUACGGCAUUAACGAUGGAGCUAUGCAACAAAUUCGGACGUCAUUAACAGGUAGUGUCAAGUCUCACGGCACACCUUUACCUGCAGAUUCUGGCUUGAACAGAACACCUGCCGCCACUUCUCACACUAAACCUGAUCUACGUCGAAUGAUCAGUUCAACUGCGCGCGCGUCUUCCUUUUACAAUAACGCCGAACUAAAAGGCGUGGUUUCCGAAUCUUUCACGGCCCACAGCAAACCCAGUUCAAAUGAUAAAGAUUUGGGCUUCGAAGUGUGGCAGGCUAACGUACACAGCGAGGUGGGUUCCAGAAUGUCACAGCCAAGUCUGAAAUCUGUCAACAACUUACGCAUGCAAAGCAUCGGUGAGACGGAACUCAAUAUCGCCAGGCCGACACCCACCCAUGUAGAAAGUGCAACCGUGGGUGGGGCUGCCCUACCCCAGGGUUCUGGUCCCGAGUCUGCGAACAUUCUAGCGGACUGCCACAGCGGGGUGCUGAAGCCAAGCCCCGAGAGACACGUUGACACGCCGGUCGGGUCAAAAGGUCAGUCCUACAAGGACGACAGCUCCCUGUCGGGGGAGACAAGCAGCACGGACGUGUCCUUCAUCUCAGGCAACGUCGCCCUGAAGGUCCCAGGUUCGAGACACGCCGACUCCUACGGGGAAGACGUCAAACAAUCCAAGUCGACCACCCAGAGCUACUUAACAGAACGGGCCAAACAGUACCGUAAGAUGUCACCCCCCAAGUAUAAAAACCUCAACUCUCUCAAGCAUUUGGUCUCCGGGGAGAGAAUUGAUUGGUCAGCACAGGACGACGGCCACACGUCCAGUAAAAACUACCUGGCUAGUAAAGACAGCUCCACGCUGCAAGAAAGCAAAACCGACCACAACCUACACCCGGCGGCUAAACUGGAAGCAAGUCACGCCCCACAUACCACCUGGGCUCGACCUUCAGCCUCGCUGACCUUGAAAGGUGACGUGGUGAGCCCGAGGUUGAUUCGCUGCUCCACCACCCGCCAGGUGUCGCCCAUGUACAACCUCAAGGGUCUCUCCCAGCUGAACGCCAGGCUCAAGCCGCUACCCACCCCGCCACCCGAAGGCCGGAAGACGCUCAGACCGAUCAAAAAGACGUCCAGUAUCUCAAUGAGCAGCGCCGUGUCCGGCCCAGACCCCAAUGAUCCCGAGGACUGACCAGUCACGUGAUGAAACUUGCUGUCCCCAUUGAUGUUUAACUUCAGUCACUUUAAACUUUGUAAUAUUUUAAUCAAGAUUUUUUUUGAAAAGUUAUAAAUAAAU